CGCGCGCGCCAUGCCCCGCGCCCAGUGGAGCCGCGUGGCCGAGCUGCGCCUCUUCCUGCGGGACCCGCGCGAGGGCGACGGCGACGCCGUGCGCUGCCUGUGCUCCCGCGCCUUCGUCGAAGACCGAAAACUCUACAAUCUGGGACUAAAAGGCUGCUAUGUCAGAGGCAACAAUGAAGGAGACCAGGCCACUGACGAGGAGGAAGACGCUCCUCCCUGUGACAAGACAGACCCACCUACCGGCCAAGGGGCGAACGCCGAGAGCGAACUCGAUUCCGAGGCUGAGCUCAUGAGGAGUAUGGGGCUGCCGCUUCAGUUUAGAGGGGGACCAGCGGAGAAGAAUUUUGAGGUGGCUAUGAAUGCUAGAAAUAAAGUCAAAAGAAAAAAGAAAAAACAUUCCAAGAGAUACUUGUACGAAAUCAGGAGAGAAUGUUGGAGACAGGAGUUGGAAGAUGACAUUCUGGCUUCUGAUGGCCUCUCUGGAGAGGAAGAACGAGAAGCCCCCCAACCACAUAAUCUUCAGACUACAGCUGACCCCACAGCUGCAAAUCCCCCUGUUACCGAUGCCCCAAAGCUCGAAGUGACGGAGAGGUGGGAAAAGUAUUGGCACGAGUAUGGUGGAGGGCUGCUGUGGCAAAGCUGGCAGGAGAAUCACUCGGAUUCAACGCUGUGUCCCGAGCCCUGGAAUGUUCCUGAGACAAAAGCAGAAUGGGAGCAGCAUUAUAGCCAACUUUAUUGGUACUACCUGGAGCAGUUUCAGUACUGGGAAGCCCAAGGUUGGACUUAUGAGGCCCCCCAAGGCCACGAGGCUGAGCCUGGCGGGUCUCAAACAGAAGUUGGCCAGCAGGAGGAACAUGGCGUGAAAGUGGACUUAAUAUCUCUGCCAUCUCCCUCUGUUGCCAUUAAGAGCAAGGACUCUCACUCCUGUCACGGGGACCAGAAGGAAAUACUUGAUGGGCUCAAUCUUUUAAGUCUGAAUUCAGAGGGCACGGAACAGUGCCAGACAGAGCUCUCUGGCAGUCUUGAUGGCCAGCAGGGGCCAACACAAGUCCACAGCAGAAGAGAAUGUCCUGCUUCUACCCAAGGAGAGCCUUGCAAUGGCUCCCUCAAGGACGGUGCUUUGCCCAACGGUGGAAGUGCGUGCCAGCCUUCUCAAGGUAAGAGCGGCAAAGUUUUAUCCAGGGGUGGCGAAGAAAAAAGUCACCGGAAUGCUCAAAUCGCCUUUGCCAGUCAGAGAACUGCCAAGCCAACUGAGAUAAUGCCUCUCCCUCUUCCAGUGUCCCCCAAGUCUUCAGAAGCUACCACGAUCAAAGAAAGAUUGCACCACGGCGGGAGUGAUGGCGAUGACAGUGACGAUGACCCUCCCGAGAAGAAGCCAAGCAAACUCAAGCGGAGCCAUGAGUUGGACGUGGAGGAGAGCCCGGGAUCCGACCCCGAGGACGACGGCUCGCUCCUGGGACUCAAGCAUGGCUCCGGACAAAAGUAUGGUGGAAUUUCAGAUUUCAGCCACCGAAAGGUCAAGUACCUGCAGAAGAACCUAAAGUAUAAGUCAAAGUUCUUGGACAUGCGAAGGCAAAUAAAUAUGAAAAACAAACAUAUAUUCUUUUCUGAAGAGCCAGAAAAAGCAGUUUUGAAGAAAAGUAAGGUUUUGAGUAAGGUGGAGAAAUUCUUAAAACGGGUCAGUGAGCCGAUGGACGUCGUGGAGUCUUUGCCUGGGUCAGCCUCUGGGGAAAACGCGUUGGACUCCGGUUCAAGCAGUGACUCUCAGGGGCAGGAAGUGACUGCCGAAGGGAGUGAGCACCCGGUGGCAAGCGGCAACCCAGAGGCUCCAGUGCAUCAUACUGGGUCUUCCGCUGGAGAGUGUGGAGCGGAGAGUGGCCCCGAAGGUAAGGCCGAGUGUUUCUCCUUGCUGAGGACUUUCAGCCAGUACAUGGCUGAGAUCAAGAAGAAGAAGAAAAAGAAAAGUAAGAAGAGAAAGGCCAGUAGUGUGCCUCCUGAGAUAGCCGCUGUACCCGAACUGGCAAAGUACUGGGCUCAGCGGUACCGGCUCUUCUCCCGCUUUGAUGAUGGGAUUAAAUUAGACAGAGAGGGCUGGUUUUCAGUGACACCUGAAAAGAUCGCAGAGCACAUUGCUGACCGCGUCAGUCAGUCCUUCGACUGUGACACCAUCGUCGAUGCUUUUUGUGGCGUUGGAGGGAACACCAUUCAGUUUGCUCUGACCGGAAAGAGAGUGAUCGCCAUCGAUAUCGAUCCCGCUAAGAUCGACCUUGCUCGGAACAACGCAGAAGUUUAUGGCGUGGCAGACAAGGUGGAGUUCGUCUGUGGAGAUUUCCUUCUGCUGGCCGAGCAACUGAAGGCCGACGUGGUGUUCCUCAGCCCUCCGUGGGGGGGCCCUGACUACGCCACCGCCGAGAUCUUUGACAUCAGGACCAUGAUGUCUCCGGAUGGCUUUGAAGUUUUUAGACUUUCCCAGAAAAUCACCAAUAAUAUUGUGUACUUUCUGCCAAGAAAUGCCGAUGUUGACCAGGUGGCCUCCCUAGCUGGACCUGGAGGACAAGUGGAAAUAGAACAAAACUUCCUGAACAAUAAACUGAAGACAAUCACAGCUUAUUUUGGCGACCUCAUCCGAAGAACAGCCUCUGAAGCUUAGCUGUGAAGGGGAGCAAGGACAGACGGAAAGAUCAGAGUGCUCACCUGAUGACCCUUGUUUUAUCCCCAAAGUCUUAAAUCCCCUGGGAAAAGGAGGAGGGCAUUUCUGAAUGUCAGUACUUCGAGAUCCGCAGCAAUUUUUUUUUUUUGCAUUUAUGUAUUUAUUUAGGUAUACUAGCCACACCUGGCGGCCCUCAGGGGUUCUUCCUGGCUCUGCAUUCCGAAAUCGCUCCUGGCAGGUUCAGGGGACCGUGUGGGAUGCCGGGGAAUCGAACCCAGGUUGGCGGCAUGCAAGGCAAACGCCCUACCCACUGUCAUAUUGCUCCAGCCCCAAUCCUUAGGAUUCUGAUUUCUGUUGAAGUUUUAGGAUGAAAAGGGGAGACUUCUUGACUGCCUGUACCCACCCCACCC